GCUCAACUUGCGCGAAAGAAGUUACAACGACGACGGUCCGAUCCUCUCUCAGCCAAUUUUAAUUGAGGCGAUGCACAAAUUUAAAAAGGUCUCAGCGUCCCACAUCCCCAAUGUGGUCCUGAGCCUCAUCUGGCGCUGGUUCGCAUAUAUCCAACAUGAUGUCGAUAAUCCUCAAAUCCAAAGAAAACUCUCACGACCUGGGCCCAGUUCCUUCACAGACCGGGGAAGUCGACGAUGUGCCCACCUACGUGAACGACGAUGUCUUUGGCGAGGUCACCGAAAAUGGGCCCAACUAUCGUAACGUAGGAUGGCUGGGAACUGUCGCUCUCAUGAUGAAGACUCAGAUCGGCCUGGGGGUCCUUUCUAUUCCGUCUGCCUUUGAUACAUUAGGUCUGGCCCCCGGGAUCAUCUGCCUCUGUGCCGUGGCCGUAAUCACCACAUGGUCCGACUACAUGAUCGGUGCCUUUAAACUUCGCCAUCGUUCGGUCUACAGCGUCGACGAUGUCGAUUGGGUCUUCGUUUCUGGUUCUGGCAUGCUCGGAAUUUCCAUCGGUCUGAACGCUGUCUCCACCCACGGGGCAUGCACUGCUAUCUUUGUGGCAGUGGCUGCCAUCGUCGGUUUCAUGCUCUCCAGUAUCCGAACCCUCGGCCGUAUCACUUGGCUGGCGUGGAUCGGGCUGGUGUGUAUUCUGACCGCGAUUCUCAUCGUGACCAUCGCGGUUGGAAUUCAAGACCGUCCUGAGGCGCGGCAGCAGGACGGUGUCUGGGUCUCCGACUACAAGAUUAUCAACAAUCCGAGUUUUAGCCAGGCGAUUACGGCUGUCUCGUCAAUUGUCUUUGCGUACUCUGGCACAUCCGGAUUCUUCAGCAUCGUAUCGGAGAUGCGCGACCCUCAGUAUUACACUCAAGCGUUGCUCAUCUGUCAGGCGGGGGUAACCGCCGUGUAUAUCACGAUUGGCUGUGUAGUCUAUUAUUACUGUGGAUCUUAUGUUGCCUCCCCGGCCCUUGGAUCAGCCGGGGUAAUGGUGAAAAAGGUCUCCUAUGGGUUUGCCUUGCCGGGUUUGAUCGUCACCACCACCAUUGUCACCCAUCUCCCAGCAAAGUACAUCUUCCUGCGCAUCUUACGAGGCUCUAAGCAUGUGACGGCCAAUACCAUGAUCCACUGGGGCACCUGGCUUAGUUGCACCUUCGGGGUCACCCUGAUUGCAUACGUGAUCGCCAGUGCCAUCCCCGUCUUCGACAAGCUCGUCUCGCUCAUCGGAGCUUUGCUCGGGACGCUGAUGUCGUUCCAGCCCAUGGGCUGCAUGUGGCUCUACGAUAACUGGAGCCAGGGCAAACAGGAACGAACGGCUCAGUGGACGUUGAUGGUCUGCUGGAGUGUUUUCGUGGUCCUCUGCGGGUCCUUCCUGACGGUUGCCGGAACCUAUGGGUCCAUUGUCAGUGUGGUUAAUAGCUACAGCGAAUCAGGCGGUUCGGCGGCCUGGUCGUGCGCCGACAACUCGAACUCGACAUGA